GCAGGCAGCCCACACCCCACCUCUGUCGACCAACACGCUGACACCAUGGACAACCAGGGCAUCAAGCUGGCGAAGGUGAACAAGGUGCUCGGCCGCACCGGUAACACCGGUAACGUGACCCAGGUCCGCGUGGAAUUCUUGGACGACCCUACCCGUUCGAUCAUCCGUAACGUUAAGGGCCCCGUCCGCGAGGGCGACAUUCUCUGCCUCCUGGAGUGGGAGCGCGAGGCCCGCCGUCUGAGAUAAGGCGCCCCAGCCUACGAGACGCUGAACCGCUCCAGCACAGUGACCGCAGUCAUGGGCCAGCAACCGCAGCAGUAGCAAUAGAUGGGGGACGUUGUCAUCCUCGUUCAUUGCGCUUGAACGCGAAGCAUGUUCUGCAGAGCAGCUCCUGCCUUUCGUCUUCGCCCAGAAUGAGGACGAUGAGCGGGACGGGUAUGCUGUAGGUUUUCUGCCCCUCAGCGGUGCCGCUCAGUGGUGAAUGCUGCCUUGCGCGAUUUGGUCUAAUGGUACAGCGAAUUGGUAGUACCGCGUACGGCUGUGCUACAGAGUUGGAAGGUGUCGGAGUGGGGCCUUGACCUCUGGCGUGGCUGUGGUGGGUCGCGCAUUUGAGUCGAGGGGAGGGGUGUGAUGGGCUCGGCUCUUUCUUGCCGUGCUUCCAGCACGUCUUCGGGAAUAUAAAACUAAAGACAAGGUUGAUCUGAAUCAACAAGGACCAGCUUGCCGGGUGGCAAUUGCGACAGCUGGAUUAUUUGCACAGCUCUUGAGCAUUUGCUCAACUCUUUACCAUUGGUUUGGUGCCCCAUCCGGCGCUACCACUGCCGUGCUACCGUAGCCUGGGUUAAGAGCUACCGUGUGCAUUGUAAUGGCCCCAUCGUGACUUAUACCGGCCAGGCUCCUCUGUAUCUACACAAAAAUACUACACAUUUCUCCAUGUGCUGUAAUUCGUAACUUGUUGGCAUUUCUAUGCAUACCUUGGCUGUUGUGAGAUUGCCAAGAUGGACACCAUCAGACGUCGCACCCCCGUAGCCUCUUCGGCAGCCGCCAUGGCACACAAGGGGACCAAGUUGCUGCUUUGAAAUCCGGUUGCCCAAAGCAACUUCUUUGCGCUCUCAUGGAUGGGUGUUUUUUUUGUUGUUUGUUUUUUUCCCAUCAUUGGACUCUGUCGUCUGCCCCCCUGGCCCCUAUCCUCCACUUCUACCAGCUAGACGACCCAACCGGGGUCACAUAGGAGGGGGGGGCUGGACCCCCUCCUGCGGUUCCUGCCUGAGGUAUUUUUAUCGCGAGAAGGGUACAGCAAAGGUGUGUGUUGGAGUGGAUGAAGCCUACCAAUCGGAGCUCGAUAUCCUUUGUUUUUAUUCUUCGACCGUUGGUGACAAACGGCCUAAAUAUUCUUUUGGCGAAAGCUAUUGACAUUUGAACGACGUAGGUGGCGGCACCCUCCUCCCUCUACCUUCUCCUUUUGACAUUUUUUCGAUACCGGCUUAAGUAACUGUCUGGUGUUCUCGCCUGCCCUUGUUUUUCCUCGUCACUGACAGCUGGGGGCUCCGCAAUAUGUCUCUUGUCUGCAGCCCCCCUGCGGCCCAGGGACAAGGAGCCGGGAGCCGCCCCAUCAAUAUAGUCUAGUCUAUAUAUAAAAAAAUCCUAAUCAAUCACAGCCCAGAACUUUCGGCGUACCUGGGGCCGUCUAGUGGGGUGGAAAAACCAGCGGUUCCCGUGGCUACCCCAGCUCCGUACAACCAACCAGCUUGAAAGUUCCAAAUUAUAUUCAUCAGAGACUGGAACCUGCAGCGGUGGCAACGCAAACCGAUGAGCGGAACAACUGCAGCACAACCCGCGCCCGGCUUAUGCAGGAGAGAACAAACUGGAGGAGGGAUCCAAACAGACCGACCGUUCGGCUAGUGGGCAAGGCUUGAGACGAAUCCCGAUGGAUCGCAGUCGAUGAUGAAGCGGAAGUGCGGCAUUCCUGGACCGGUGAGGAGAACAACAUCCAUUCUGAUAUGAAGACGAAACUACGGUACACGUAUCGCUGUGGUUGCGAUCCAAAAGCACGACGGUUUGAGGCUCGUGGGGUCUACGGCGACGGUUCGCCAGAGCUGCAACGCUGUCGAUGCAUCCUUCGAACUGCAGAGCUGUUCGAGCUGCAGCAACGCUCUCAAGAUAUUUACGUC